AUGGAGUCGAAUCCCUCACCUCGAAACAAUAACCCUCUACAACAGUUUUAUGGCUCUCGAAAGUCAUUGCGAUGGGUGGCUUUCCUGGUGAUUGCUGCCCUGGCUACUCUAUACAUGACCGGCCAAAACUACGGACCAGUGACAACCUCGCGAAAAGCAAAAUACCUGACGCCUGCUGAAUUAAUGAAAAGACCCAUAUCGAAAGACCUUCAAACAAUACCCAAAUUGAUUCACCAGAGUUGGUCAUCGACGGAGCUCCCCGCCAAAUUUGAACGUUGGAGUACCACUUGCAGACAGCAGCACCCUGACUGGGAGUGGGUAUUAUGGACAGAUGAAGAUAAUGAUUUGUUGGUCAAGACACAUUUCCCCUGGCUGUUGAAGACAUAUCAAAGUCUUCCCAGUGUUAUCUACCGAGUGGAUUUGGUGCGGAAUUUAUACCUGUACAUGUUUGGAGGGGUCUACGCCGAUUUGGAUGUCGAAUGCCUACGACCUUCUGACGAGAUGUUCACCAAAUUCAACGUGUCCACGAUUUCCCAUGCCAAACCCCGACAUCAAUCCCAACCCCACAUGCAAAAGAGCGGUCGAAAGGCUUUCUUUGGAAGAAUGGGAGUGGACACGGGAUCUUCAAAUUCCAUUCCCAAUGCUUGGAUGGCCUCCACUCCCGGACACCCUUUUUUCCUUGUUGUCCUCGAAUCCGUCAUGAGGAGUCUUGCGGAUGGGUCCGCAGAAGGUCAAUCCCCCGAGUCGGUCACCGGCCCUGGAAGGCUGUACGACAUGAUCAAAAUAUAUCAAGAACCAGAGAGCAGAUACGAAGGAGAGAAGAUCGACAAGCAUGUCGCAAAAAACCCCACUGCUAAACAAUUCACGCCUCGAAAAGGUCUAGGCCAUUCCAUUGAGGUUCUUCAUUUCAGCUACAUCUAUCCAUACUCAUGGGAGAGAGAUGGUGAAAUUGUCCGUGAUAUCUGUUGGGCCGCAAAGAAGAGUUUCGACGCCGACCGGUGUAAGCAGUUGUUGGCCACGGAUCGUUGGCCAAGUUAUGCCAUUACCUAUUGGAGUCAUACAUGGACCGGCGACGGUCAUGACGAGGGAAACGUCCGCAAUCUUGAUGAUCGGUGA